AUGGAAACGAAUACGCCUGGAAGAGAUCGGCAAUCCAAGCUAGCCGAUGAGGUACUCGACGCCGGGAAAAGGGCGUUUGAUCCUACGGCCGACGCUGCCUCGAGAGGAGCUGCCCGAAAUGAGUUCCAGCAUCUCAUAGAUGGGAAUGGGUCCUGGAACUUGCUUCCUGUAUUGAAUGCAUUAAUCAAGCCAAAUGCUGCACCGGCAUGGCUGCGGCCAGAGCUGAUGAAGAUCUUGACCCUGAUUCCUCUUCGGCCUGACGGCGUUCGGGGAACCAUGGAGUUCAUCUUCUCAGUGCAUCCGAGCAGCACUCUGAAGGCAUCCGAGGCCGCCACACCCCAGAAAACGGGUGCCAAUAUUACUCAGGAGGCCAUGGCUGUGGUUACUCGCAUCAUCACUUCGCCACCUGCGACUAUCCCGCCUGAAGAUUGGUUCUCUAGGAUUGCACCCCAACUGAUUACGCUGCUGGAUGGAAAUGAAGGCGCAGAGCUCAGUAAAGCUGCGGCACAGAUCAUCAUGUUUGGAGUGCUGGGCAGAAAACAGUUUGGCGCACCCGGGUCCCCGGGUUGGAAUGUCUUCAUUGAGCCUCUCUUACGCAAUCUGAAUCCUUCUCGGAAGCAUGUGGGCGUUACAGCUCUCGGAAAGACAGAGGAAAUCGACGUUGUGGAUCUUAGUGACAAGGCUGUUCUGGUUCAGGCGGAUGACCUCUUUGUAACCCUUCGUCGUAUGUCUUCGUUGAUCAACUACACACCAUACCCAGCGCAGACCAAAAGAAUUCUCGACCCCGUUCUCCCCCAGUUGUGGACGAUAUCUUGCAUGAGCAAGGGGGAUCAGAAAACUGAAGAGCGCUACUCAAAGCCUGCAAGGUCCCUGCUUCACACCUUUCUCAAACUGAGCGUCUCCGUUUCUAAACUGCACUUGGUUAUUGAGAACCUGCUUUACGAAGGCGAAUCGACGACCACGCCCCGAUGGCGAUACCAGACAAUCUCUGACGGUUGCCUUCAGAUAUCUGCCGUCCCCCUCGGACAUGGCCCGCAGCUGCCGGAAAUAGACUGGAACGAAAUUCAGAUUCGCUCCGAGUCGCUCAUACGGCUUAUGACAGCUAGUUGCACACCAGAGGAGGUGUCCUCUUUUUUUCUGGAACUCCUCGGUCGGUGGCUUCAGUCGACGACCUCAGCCAAGAACCGGGAGGUAUUUCUUCGGGCAGAAGACAGCGUGUCUGGUAACGAGAUCACGCAACUUUUGGAGAUCACAGUCCUGCAGAAGAUGCUGGAGCGGAUCCCGGACAAGCUAGUCAGCCGCGUCACCCAAGUCCACGAGCUUGCCUGUCAAAUACUGGACCCCAAUGCCAUCCAAGACCAACCUGAUGACAUUGUCGCAGUGGCGUUGAGCUUGCUCAAUCUUAUCAUCACGGCUCCGAAUUUCAAAAAGUCGAAUCUCAAAGCUGAUAUUCUACAAAAUCUUGAAACUUCGCUGGAUAUACUUAGCAAAGCGAGGCGCUCAGAAGUGUCCCCCACGGCGAAGAACCUUGUGCUCUUACUUCGAUAUCGCGAAGCGAUCGAUCCUGCGGAGGAAGAUGGCUUCGUGCCCACCGAAAGGCAAAUUGAGGACAGGAGGACGUAUAAACUUGCAUUGGAAUACAUUACCCAAGCAGACAAUCCUCCCCCAGUCCGCUCGGAAGGCCUCAACCUCAUAUCUGGCCUAGUGGCCUCUAACAGCACUGUUUUAGAUGUGCAGGCCACUCUUGUUCUCCUUUCUUCUCUACUCCAAGAUAGUGAAGACUUCAUUAACCUUCGAGUCGUGAAGCUCUUCACACAGCUGGCCAGCAAACAUCCCAAGGCAACCACGUUGGAGCUUCUUGAAAAUUACUUGGAUGCGAAGGAGAAGUCUACGACAGAUGUCCGCUUACGAUUCGGAGAGGCUUUGGUUCAGGUAAUUGAGCGCCUCGGCGAAACUUUUGCUGGCGAUGUCGCAAAGCGUAUUUCCGAAACACUUUUGUCGAUUGCCGGAAGACGGGGAUACAGGCCAAAGACAGAAGCCAAACAGGCUCGUGAACAGCGCCUUCAGGAAAUGAAACAGAAACAGGCAGAGGACGCCUGGGGAGGAGACGUCCCUGACCUUGGCGAUGAUCUGACUGAAGAAGAGCAAGCCAAGCAUGAAAUUUUGACUCAGAUUGUUGAGGGCUGGGAAAGCAAGAGAGGCAGCGAGGACGUCCGUAUGCGAGCAUCCGCCCUCUCCGUUUUCUCUACCGGCCUUGAAACAAACAUUUCCGGCAUUGGCCCUGACUUGGUCUCAAUCGCCGUGGAUCUCUGCAUUAACGUUUUGGCACUGGAACGAGAAGUUGAGAAAGGUAUCAUUCGUCGUGCAGCUAUCAUGGUCGUAUUGGGGUUUGUGCGCGCUCUUGAUGCUGCGAAGCAAUCAGGUCGGAGGCUUGGCUUUGGAUUGACAGACCAGAGCCGGGAGGAUAUCACAAGGACCCUCAAGUACGUCGCCGUUACAGAUAACGACGGCCUGGUUCAACAGCAUGCUCGGGACGUCAUCGAGAGCUUGGAGGCCUGGCAAAUUUCGUCUAUGAUUCCUCCAGAGCCUUCUGCCAUGGAACCAGGCAUCAGCAGGCUAGCCGGCUUGACUAUCGACCAGGACCGGUCACUUCCAUCCGUCAACACCAAGCGGCCUAGAAUAGAAGAGAUCGAGUAG